GGCAUUUAUCUUUUUAUAUUUUAAAAUAGCACCUUGAAAUUGAAAUUGAACGAUAUGGGUUGCGGAUCAAGUACAGAUACAGGAACAACAACCUACCAUUCCACUAAACCAGCGGCAAACAACUCACACCAAUCAAGGACAAACUAUUCGGAAGAGCAAACAGAUAUAGAGGUAAGUGAUAUUUAUAUUUUGUUCUUUUUAUGAAUACCUAAAGAUUAUGACAACUAUUCACAUUAUAACUAGAUUGUACGAUUUGUUAUCCUCUUCUCUAUUCCUUACAAAACCUAUUGAUACUAUAAAAUACAGUUUCCUGCUUAUGAUUCAUAAUCUCCUAAUAAUAUAAUAUAUAUUGUUUUUAAUAUGCAGAUUAAACCCGUUGCCAUAAAUAGAAACAUUUUAGAAAGAUACGCCGCUCUAGAUAAGGAGUGCACAAAACUGGAGGCCAGGAAUGUACUCAAAUCUUACCAGGAAAAGAACAGCGAAUAUCAAAGAAAACAAGAGGAAAUUAAAGCCUUAAGAGCCGAAUAUGAUAAAUCCAUUAGGAAUACGAGAUAUAAUUGUGAAUAUUUAUACGAUAGGGCUAAAGAAAAGGCUGAUGUGGAAAAAAUGCAAAAUCCAUCUGUUCGUUCGUUCUUCCAAAAUCAAGAUCACUUUGAAAAUCAAUUAUCGAAGGAGGAAGGAGAAUAUCUCGAAGCAUUAAAUAAACAAGAAAUCGCUAGAAAAGAUUUAAACAAUGCAAAUAAACAACAAGAAAUUAUUGAAGAGGAACUAUCAGAAAUAAAAGUCGAAGCUGAAAGACUUCAGCUUAUCUAUACAGAAAUGGAUGAACUAUUGGCUGGAAUAUUCAACGGAAAGUACGGUUCGGAUAGGGAAUACGAAUUGGAAACGCAAGUAGACCUGGCUAUGGAGCAGAAGCAAAGAAUAUCAAUUGCACUAUACAAGUGGAAAAAUGCAAGGGAAUUAUUGAAACACGCUGUUCCUCAAUUAGGUCAUGCCGUUAGUAGAUGGCAACAAUUAUAUAAUUUACCACACAACGUUAAGUUUAAUAUGGUAACAGAAGUUAGAAACCAUGUUAUUGCUGCUAAUCAAAAUAUCACAAAUGCAAGAAACUAUUUGCAAACUAUUAAAUUUCCCUAUUGUACUGAAAAAGAGAUGUCUGAAUUGACCGGUGUUGCUAAUAAUGUAUACUAUGAUGCAUAUAAUCCUCAAAGACAUCUAGCAGCAUUGCAGUGUUAUAGUAAUACUCAUAAUAAGGCGGCUGCAUUACUACAAUGGUUUAACCACGUCAUUGAUAAUAUCAUCUGUAAGGAUUUAACAAGACAAACCGAAUAUUUCAAUGAUAGACAGAGAGCGUUAAGAAAGGAGAGAAUUUUUCUUAUUAAACUGAAAGUUAAGGAAGUAGCAGGAGAAGACGUUGACGAUGAUUUUGAUUUUGAUGAUGACGACUUUAUAGAUGAGGAUAAGAAAGAGAUUAAUGCGCAUUCGGCUGAAGCUGAUAAUGUGUCUGUUGUCGACCUACCUGGUGGAACAAUUGACGCUGAUAAUUUAGCACCAUCAGUUGACGACAAGUCAAACGAUCCAAAAGAAAUGUCUACCAAAGAUUUAGCUCCAGCGCCAAAUAUGGAAUUAUUGUUUGGUGAUGUUGAACGCCUUAAAGAACAGCACGAAAGAGAAAUGAAAGAAUUACAGCAAGCCCAGGACAUAAAUAAAGCUAGAAUGCAGUCAGGUCUCGAGGAAAAACUUCGAGCUAGAAGAUCUAGAAGAACGAGACAAGAACAACACGAAAGCCAAGCUGAAGCGUUGAAAUAA